UUGCCAGGCUAACGUUAGCCAGCAGGCUAAGGCUACGUUAGCCAGCAGGCUAAGCCUCCAGCCAACAGCAGAGCUGACUCCCUGAACCCAACCUUAGUAUUUCUGACUUAAAAGCGCCCGAAUGGUCAUUUUAAAAAAAAGAAAAAGAGGUGGGACGUUUAAGAUAAUCGGAGAGCAGCCGUCAAUGUGACGAAAGCGGAUCCAUGGCAAAGUGGCUAAAGGACUACCUAAACUUUGGCAACCGGCGUGACCCCCCGCAUCCCCCGAGGCCAGACUACAGCGAGAGUGAGAUCCUGCGGGCUUACAGAGCCCAGAAGGAGUUGGACUUCGAGGAUCCGUACCAGUGCGCGGACAAGGAGCACCAAAAUGGCGCCGGCGCCGGCUACGGUAGCGUGGAUGUAAGCCUGCUUCCCUUCCCUGCCUUUGGUCUCAGCUUGUCUAAUGGUGCAGAGGUGAAGGUGCUGUCCCCCAAACACAGACUGAUUAAAGUGGACUCUCAGGAGUUCGGCCAUUGUAACAUUCCCCCGAGUCCCGUAACAGAUCAAGAGGAGCCUGUGGUGCCCUCCGCCCCUGUAGCGCCGGACGCCGACACAGACUACUCGGACCCGUUCGACGCCCGCCCGGCGGCCCCGAGGACGCGGGCCAACUGGGAGCCCAAAUCGGCCCAGUCGGACUGCUGCAGCUACAUGGAGCCGUUCGAGGCUCAGCAGAUCAUUUCAGAAAUGCAGCAUAACAAGUGCACGAGCGCCAGUGGCAGCCAGUUGUACGACAACCCGUACGAGGAGAGGACCCGAGAGCAGGCCCGCGUGGCGCCGACGGCGCCGACGCAGCAGCAGCUUCAACAGACCCGCAAGAUGGACGGUGCGCCUUCCCCCGCGGACGACCGGGGGAGCCGGCUGCCCCAGAACGACGAGAGGCCGGCCGACGAGUACGACCAGCCGUGGGAGUGGAAGAAGGACGACAUCUCCAAAGCGCUUGCUGUUCAGUUCGAGGGCGUCGGGAGGGAGCGCUCGCGCGUCCAACCGGAGCAGAGCAAGCUCGCCAAGGCCUCGAACGCGCCGGCGGUGCCGGACUCCAACACCCUGCGCCUGGUUUGUGACGCCCUUCCCCUCCUGGGAGAGAGAGUCGACCCCUACGUGCCGCUAGAAAGACAAGUGUGGUACCACGGGGCGCUGAGCCGAUCUGAGGCCGAGACUCUGCUGACCCUGUGCAAGGAGAGCUCCUACCUGGUGAGGAACAGCCAGAGCUGCCGCAACGACUUUUCUCUCUCGCUAAGGAGCUACAAGGGCUUCAUGCAUAUGAAGUUCUCGCGCUCGGCCGACAGCUGCUUCGUGCUGGGCGAGAACAGCCCGCCCUUCGCCACCAUUCCGGAGGUCAUCCACUACUACACCACGCACAAGCUGCCAAUCCGCGGGGCCGAGCACAUGUCCCUGCUGUAUCCCGUCAUCGUGCAGACGCUCUGACGGGGGGGUGCGGGGCCCGCCCAACGGAAAACACUACGUGCUCUACAUUUCUGGACAUUGCAGCUCAAAUUGAGCCCGGUGCCUGAAGAACAUGUACUCGAAGGCCAACAGAUGAGCGCUGAAGUAGGACAUUUUAAAGGAUCAUCUUGAACUGUUUUUGCAUAUACAUGUAGAUGGUAGAAAAUUCUUUCCCGCCCCCUGCAUUUUUAUGUGUUAGUGACCCAUACAGUGGAUGAGGCACAGGUGAGUGUUUCGAGGCCUCCAGUGUCUCCUCAAAUCCAGGACCGCUUUAGAGACAGUUGAAGUAUAUUAAAAGUGUGCAUUAGCCAUUCAAAUAUAGCUUUGUUCUGUUUUAUAAGCUUUGAAAAUAAAGUUGUUUUAAACCUUU